UGUCUUUGUUGCCGGAAAGCUGUAGUAAAAAAUGUACGAAAGCGAACCGGGGAGGCUGCCAAUGCAAGAUGUCAGUGUGGACACGGAGGUGGCAGAGGACCGCAGUAGGCUGCCUGGGCCCCAUGCCCAAGUACCAAAUGGCUCAGACAUAGCCUUGCAGUUUUUGCAGGUGGAGCUAGAGCUGAAUGCCCACUUGAGGAGACUUGUGUUCCAGGAGCCUGUGCGUUACACAUAUAAUCCGCUGGAGUAUGCCUGGGAGACGCACCGUUGCUACGUUAACACCUACUGCCAUGAGGGGCAAAGCGUCUUGUUCCUGGGCAUGAACCCUGGGCCCUUUGGCAUGGCACAGACAGGGGUACCUUUUGGAGAAGUUAAAUCUGUCCGUGACUGGCUAAAAAUCUCUGGGGAGGUUGGCCAUCCACCUGAAGAGCAUCCAAAGCGGAGAAUUCUCGGUCUUUCAUGCACGCAGAGUGAAGUGAGCGGCACACGCUUCUGGGGACUCUUCCGCAAGCUGUGUGGAGAACCUGCUGUGUUCUUCCGCCACUGCUUUGUGCACAACCUGUGCCCUCUCAUCUUCAUGACCAGCAGUGGGAAGAACCUGACACCACCUGAGCUGCCGCCCAGUGAGCGGGAUGCGCUGUUGGCCCUGUGCGACGAGGCCCUCUGUCAGGUGGUGCGGACAUUGGGCAUUGCCAUGGUAGUUGGGGUGGGGAAGGUGGCAGAGCAGCGAGCUCGACGUGCCCUGGUAGCAGCUGGCAUAGAGGUGCGUGUGGUGGGUCUCAUGCACCCCUCCCCUCGCAGCGCACAGGCUAAUCGGGGCUGGGAAAGCCUGGCCAUGGCCAGGUUGAAAGAAUUAGGCAUUCUGGAACUACUGACUCCAUAACUGCCAUCAUUGGCUUUAUAAACAUUGUGCUGUAUCUGGGAUUCUUUGAUGAUUCCACACUUGACUUAUCACUUUGUGGCUUAUAGCAGACAUGGGUGCUUUGUGAUACGGGACAAUCUACUGCAGGGAGACCAAACUGGAGCUGCAGAUUCUAAAAGUAUGAUUAAACCCUAAAGGAAGUUAGACUGCAAAUCAUACCUAUGCAACUUAUUAUCUGCAAACAGACAGCUGGUUCCCUUGCAGCAAAGCCUUCACCAGUCCUUCCUUGAGGAUAUCAUAAACUUUCAUGCCUUCUUGGCAUUCUGGUGUACAAACUGUAUUUAAAAAGAAAGAAUCAUGGUCCCUUGGCAAGGUUGCAUCCAGACCUACAACUUGAGAUUGUAGACUUCGGAGGUGUGAGCUGCAUUCUUCAAGAAACCUUUAUAGAUCUGUUAUUAACCUAUGCCAAAAACUCAUAUGCCAUAAGUAUUACAUGUAAAAAAAAUUAUAGAGUCAUGGCUAGAUAAUAGGCGGUGGUGAGAUUUUAUGUUUUUAACAUGUUUUUAGCUUUUUUCUGCUUCUGGUAAAGCAGA